AAUAAAUGUAAAAAUGCUAACAAAGCACGAUCAACAUAAAGAAAAUAAUGAUGAUGAGUUUAAAUGUGUAACGCAUGAAAAUCAAUGCAAACUUAAGAGGCGCACCUCGCUCUACAGAGAUUAGUACCAAACGGCGACGACGACGUCGACGUCGCAGUCGACAGCAGCAGCAGCUUCGUGUGCGUGUGUAAAAAUAUUUUUUUUUUAUUUUGGACUGAUUCUGAUUGCGGGCCACGCGAACGAGAGGACGAAGGACGAAGCAGUAGAAAUAUGUGUAGACGACGUAACGACAAACGAAAACGAAAACGCGAUGAAAAUUAAAGCGCUGCGUGGCAAAAAAGCUAAACAACAAAAGUAAAAAAAGUAAAAGUGAAAAGCGACAAAAUAAAGCGCAGCUAAUUAAGCUAAAACAUGAAAAUAGAGCACAAAAUAAAAUAAACUCAAAAAAGUAAAAUAAAUAAAAAUCAAAAUGCAGUGCAAACAGGCAAUGCUGCUGACGCUGACGCUGGCGUUGACGCUGCCGCAGCUGAGUCUAAGCAGUCGCUAUAAAAUGUACGCAAAUGCGCAUGGAGCGGGGGGCAACAAAGCGGCGCAGCAGCAGAAUGAAGUGUAUGCUAUAGUCGAUAGUCAGCCAAUGACUGAGGAUGUAUAUCAAGGCGCUUCACAGCCGCCGCACUACGCAGCCGAAGUGAGCAGCUGCCAAACUGUGUGCGCGUGCAAAUGGAAAGGCGGCAAGCAAACCGUGGAAUGCAUAGACGGACAGCUGAUCAAAAUUCCGGAGCGCAUAGAUGCGAGCACGCAAGUUUUGGAUAUGAGCGGCAACAAGUUGCAAACGCUAAGCAAUGAGCAAUUUAUACGCUCGAAUUUGCUAAAUUUGCAAAAAUUAUAUUUACGCAAUUGCAAAAUAGGCGAAAUAGAGCGUGAAACAUUUAAGGGAUUAACCAAUUUAGUGGAGCUGGAUUUGUCACAUAAUUUGCUAGUGAGUGUGCCGAGCUUAGCGCUAAGCUAUAUAUCAUCGCUGCGUGAGCUAACACUAGCUUCCAAUCAUAUACACAAGAUCGAUAGUCGCGCAUUUGCCAACACGCCAGCGUUGCAUAAACUCGAUUUAAGUCACUGCGAUAUACAAAGUGUAAGCGCGCAGGCAUUCAGCGGUUUACAAGCGCUGAAUACGCUGCGUUUGAAUGGCAACAAGUUGUCAGAGUUGCUGCCGAAAACUAUCGAAACGCUGAGUCGCCUACACGGCAUUGAGCUGCAUGAUAAUCCAUGGCUAUGCGACUGCCGACUGCGCGAUGCAAAGUUGUGGCUUAUGCAGCGCAAUAUACCGCAUCCGGUGGCGCCAGUGUGCGCAGGCGGACCCGAGCGCAUACUCGAUCGCAGCUUUGGAGAGCUCCAUGUGGAUGAUUUUGCGUGCAAGCCCGAAAUGCUGCCCAUUAGUCAUUAUGUGGAAACGUCGCUGGGUGAAAAUGCUUCGAUUACUUGCCGCGCCAGCGCUGUGCCCGCUGCUUCAAUACACUGGUAUUGGAAUGGACGUCUGCUGGCCAACAAUUCAGCGUUUAGCGCUUAUCAGCGCGUGCAUAUGCAUGAGCAGCUCGAAGCUGGCGGCUUUGAAAAGCGCUCCAAACUGCUGUUAACCAAUGCGCAGGAAUCGGACUCCAGCGAAUUUUAUUGCGUUGCUGAGAAUCGCGCAGGCAGCGCUGAGGCAAACUUUACGCUGCAUGUGAGCAUGAGAGCUGCGGGCAUGGCCAGCCUUGGCAGCGGACAAAUUGUGGGUCUAAGCGCUGCUUUAGUAGCACUUAUAGUGUUCGCUCUAGCCGCCAUCAUGUGCCUGCUGCUGCGCGUUAAGCGUCAACCCUACGUGGAUAGCAAAACGCCCAAUCAUUUGGAGGUCAUCGGCUCAGCGCAGCAGCAGCUCAAAACGCAAGUGGUCAGCACUAAUGGCAGCAUUGUUAUAGCCAAUGGCGCUGUGGCCAAUUGCAUUGAUGCGCCCAGCGCAGUCGACGCUGCCGCUGGCAGUUUGGAACGCGCUGCUGGCAGCGCUGCUACCUUACCGCUGCGCGCUGCUAAUCCAGUGCAGAAGCCACCACGUCUUACUGACCUGCCUUAUGCCACACACUGCUAUGAAAACGCUGGCAGCGUUUUGUCCACCGCCGCCUGCUUCAUCUCGCCCAGCGGCAGCAAUAAUCCUGAUCUCAUCAACGACACCAAACGCGAUGACUUUGAGCUAGCGCCGCCUGCGCCCGCUUUAGGCAGCGGUGAAUACAGUCGCUGUGAUUCGCUGUAUCCUUCGGGUCUUUGGGCACAAACUGGCGGCAGCGCCGAUGAGCUGUUCAGCAAACGCUUCAAUGAUAAAACCCCCAUUAUGGACUCUGCUCAGCUUUACGAUCUGCACGAGCGCAGCGAUUAUUUUAGCAAAACUUUUCCGCGCUCUCACUGCGCCGCCAGCGGCAGCACCACAACAACAACCACACAGCUUAGCAGCGCCGGCAGCUCGGGCGGCUAUCCACAGGACUAUGGACUGCCGCUUGUGCCUGGCGCCGAGCAUCAGCACAAUCAUUUGCAUCCGCUGCAGCAGCUGCAGCAGCAGCUCAGCUCAACGCUCAAUCACAGCGAGAGUCCGCACUUUAGCAGUCGCACGCUGCCACGCCUACAUGAUGCUGGAGGCGGCGGCGGCGGCGGCUCAAGCAGCGCCUCAGCCAGUUCAUCGCCCACGCCCGCAUUUGCUCAUGUGGCUGCACCCAGUUCCAGUUCCUCCUCCGCCGCCUGCUCCAUUCUACCCAAUGGCCAACCGGUUAAUGCCAAAACAAUACGCGUUUGGCAAAAAGGGGGCGUGCCCGUGCUGCCGCCCGUCACUGCGCUGAAGCGCGCGCUCAUCAGCAGCAGUCGCAAUUCACCGGACGAGGGCUACCAGGAGGGCUGCGGCACCGAUGUCUAAGCUGCAAGCAAACUGAAACUGUAC